AUGGUCAACUUCGAUCCAAAGUAUGAUAUACAACGCGACCUCGAAGGCUUUGGUGAGGAAUCGUUCGAUCCGCAAUGGCCUAACGGGGCUCGCAUAGCGGUCUCGUUCGUACUCAACUACGAGGAGGGUGCUGAGCGUACCUAUCACAAUGGCGAUGGACACUCAGAGCCGUACUUGUGGGAAAAGGGCGCGUCUGGCGGGUACAAGGAGGGUGCUCCCUAUGUCAAUGCGGAAUCGGAGUAUGAAUAUGGUAGCCGCGUGGGUGCUUGGAGACUGCUGCGCCUCUUCAAGGAGUUUGGCUAUCAGUGGACGACCUAUGCUGUUGCACAGGCGAUGAAAGUCAACCCACGCUUCGCUAAGGCGUGCGUCCGGGAUGGCCAUGAGAUCGCUACCCACGGCCUCCGCUGGCUCGACAUCUGGGACUACGAUCUCCAGAAGGAAAAGGACUACAUCAUCGAAAGCCUCAAGGUCUUGAAAGAAGUCACAGGUGAGAUGCCGGUCGGAGCCUACUAUGGUCGCGGGACUCCCAACACCAAGGCGCUUUUCCCCGAGGCAUUCAAGGAGGCCGGCUGUGAGAUGCUUUGGAACUCGGAAGCAUACAACGAUGAUGUGCCUUACUGGACCGACCUGCCGGCCGAGAAGGAUUUACCAGAUGAUCAGAAAAAGGGCAUGCUCAUUAUUCCUUACAACUACGACUGCAAUGCAGACGGCAAAUUCCACAUGAGCCCUGGAUUCGUUGGAAGCGACAUGUACGAAAAGUACCUAAAGGCCACCUUCGACAUGCUAUACCGAGAAGGUGGUAAGAUCAUGAAUAUACCCAUGCAUAGUCGCAUUGUGGGGAAGCCCGGCCGCUCGGAAGCCUUACGCAACUUCAUGAAGUAUAUUCAGGAGCACGAAGGUGUAUGGGUCGCGACAAGGCGCGACAUUGCGACGCAUUUCCGGAGCAAGUUCCCCUACAGACCGGGUCACCGAGCGUGA